CACAAGGGCUCGUUUUCGGAUAGGCACUUGUAAAGGGAGGCCCAUGUGGUGGUGUUACUGAGCGGGCCACAAACUCAAGCACUUUAGGGAGCUCCCACUUGACCCUUUCAACACCUGAAUGUCCGUGUAGCCAGUUUUUCUAAGAUGCUGUUAGAAGCGUUGGACGGCGACGAAACGGUUGUCUUUAAAGCCGCUGCCGCGUCUGUGCAGGUUCAGGUGGAGCCUGUUGGCCGAUGGUUCGAGGCUUUCGUGAGGAGGAGAAACCGGAAUGUGUCGGCCUCAUUCCAGGAGUUGGAGGACGAAGAGGAGUCCUCAGAGGAGUCGGACGAUGAGGACUUCCAGCUGCAGGAGUACCCCAUGCUCCGAACGCUUGACCCCAAAGACUGGAAGAAUCAAGAUCACUAUGCUGUCCUUGGGCUCCCACACUUGAGGUACAAAGCCACACAGAAACAGAUUAAAGCUGCACACAAAUCGAUCGUGUUGAAGCAUCAUCCUGACAAAAGGAAAGCUGCAGGAGAGCAGAUUGUAGAAGGAGACAAUGACUACUUCACCUGUAUAACUAAAGCAAUAGAGAUCUUGUCCGACCCCGUGAAAAGGAGAGCCUUCGACAGCGUCGACCCCACCUUUGACAACGCAGUGCCUUCUAAGAGCGAAGGCAAAGAAAACUUUUUUGAGGUGUUCACUGCUGUUUUUGAAAGAAAUGCCAGAUGGUCUUCCAAAAAGCACGUGCCCACCCUCGGAACCAUGAAGUCAUCUUUUGAGGAAGUAGAUAAUUUUUACUCUUUUUGGUACAACUUUGACUCAUGGAGGGAAUUCUCAUAUUUGGAUGAAGAGGAAAAGGAUAAGGCGGAGUGUCGAGAUGAGAGGAGAUGGAUUGAAAAGCAGAAUCGAGCUUCCAGGGCGCAGAGGAAAAAGGAGGAGAUGAACAGAAUACGAACACUAGUUGAUACGGCCUACAGCUGUGACCCUAGAAUAAAGAAAUUCAAAGAAGAGGAAAAGGCCAGGAAGGAGUCGGAGAAGAAGGCUAAGGCUGAAGCCAAGAAGAGAGAGCAGGAGGAGAAGGACAGAGCCCGGCAGGCAGAGCUGGAGGCUGCUCGUUUGGCCAAGGAGAAGGAGGAAGAGGAGGCCAAGCAAGCAGCACAGCAGGCAAAGAAAGAGAAGGAGAUCCAGAAGAAGGCCAUCAAGAAAGAGAGGCAGAAACUCAGGACCACUUGCAAGAACUGGAAUUACUUUGCUGACAGUGAGGCUGAAAGUGUGAAGAUGAUGGAGGAAGUGGAGAAACUCUGUGACCGGCUAGAACUCACUAGUCUGCAGUCCCUGAAUGAAACCCUGGCCUCUGGCUCUAAAGAGGAGAGCAAGAUAGCCGUGGAGAAGCAGGUGCAGGAAGUGAACGCCCAGCUCCAGAGGGAAAAGGAGGCCGAGGUCCAGGCCAGACAGGCGGCACGCAGCGGCGACCAGGCCAGCGGAGGAGGAGGAGCAGGGGGAAAGGGCUGGAACGAGGAAGAUCUCCAGCUCCUCAUCAAAGCAGUCAACCUGUUCCCUGCUGGGACCAACGCCAGAUGGGAAGUUAUUGCCAAUUACAUGAACCUGCACUCCACCACCGGCAUGAAGAGGACAGCCAAAGACGUCAUCAACAAAGCUAAAAAUCUGCAGCGACUUGAUCCAGGGCAGAAAGAUGAGAUUAACAAAAAAGCCUUUGAAAAGUUCAAGAAGGAACACAGUCAGGUGCCGCCCACCAUCGACAACGCUCAUCCCUCAGAGAGAUUCGAUGCCUCUGGGAGUGAUGGUAACGCAGCCCCCUGGACCACAGAGGAACAGAAACUCCUGGAACAAGCCCUGAAGACCUACCCUGUCAGUACACCUGAGCGGUGGGAGAAGAUCGCAGCGGCUGUCCCUGGACGAAGCAAGAAAGACUGUAUGAAGAGAUACAAGGUACGCUGGCGCAGGCUUUUAGCUCUAGCUUGUAGAGACUGUUUUAUGUUCCAUUGUGUGUUGUUUUGUCAGCAAUGAGGGGAUCUAACAUGUGUUCCUGUUUCCCCUGACAGGAACUGGUGGAGAUGGUUAAAGCCAAGAAAGCCGCUCAGGAACAAGUGGCAGCCAAGAAUAAAAAAUGACAAGAACCACAAUACAUGAUAGGAUCUGUGUUAUUUUAACAUUAUUGUGUUGGUCUUUAUUUUAUAAUAAAAUAUUAAAGGAGGAAAAAAAAAGGACUAGA